CGGAGACUACAACACCCAGGUUGCCCUGCGGUCGAAGUCCCGUAUCGCGUGGCGUCGCCUCUCCCUGCCAGCCGUUCCUCCCACCCAGCAGAUGGAAGAUGGCCGGGCUGAGCCCGGGGGAGCGGUGGGCUGAAGCAUUAAUUGAUGAACUCAGAAGAAAUCCAUGCCCAUCAGAGGAAGUGAGGGAUAACUUUGAUUGCUGUGGCUGUACUGACUGUAUGAGGAUGAAGAAGGAGCAUGUGUGUGACAGUGGAAGAAGUCCAUCCAUGUCUGGGGAAGGAAGCAUAACCUAUACAAAGGAACAGCUGCUUGGGGUGCAAAGAAUAAAGAACAGUAAGAAUUACUAUGAGAUUCUAGGCGUUGGAAGGGAUGCAAAAGAUGAAGAAUUGAAGAAAGCUUACCGAAAACUUGCCCUUAAAUUUCACCCAGACAAGAACUGUGCUCCAGGAGCAACAGAUGCAUUUAAAGCCAUAGGCACAGCUUUUGCAGUUUUAAGCAACCCUGAAAAGAGAUCACAGUAUGAUCAAUUUGGAGAUGAAGAGGAGACUUUUUAUACCAACGUACCCAAGCAGUAUAGCUAUUAUAGAGAGUUUGAAGCAGACAUUACACCUGAAGAAAUAUUUAAUAUGUUUUUUGGAGGAAACUUCCCUACAGGCAAUAUACACAUGUUUUCGAAUUCAUCGGUGGAUCCCCCAUGCUAUCAACAGCGAAACAGACAUGAGAGGACUUGGGUGCAUGAGGAAGAGGAGGAAGAGACUAGACCACAGAAUUCCUACUCAGCAUUCAUCCAGUUACUGCCAGUCUUUAUCAUAUUAAUUGUGUCAGUAGUAACUCAGUUAAUGGCCACUAAUCCACCUUACAGCCUCUUCAAAUCGACUCUAGGGCACACUGUUGUUAGAGAAACGCAGAACCUGCAGGUGCCUUACUAUGUUGAUAAAAACUUUGAGAAUAACUAUAAUGGUAAAGAACUUGAAGAACUUGAAAAACACAUUGAAAAAGAUUAUAUUGAUUAUAUCCAGAAUAGCUGCAGGAAAGAAAAACAACAAAAGUCAGAGUUAUCUAAUUUGGCGAAGCUUUACAGAGAUGAGCGUCUGAAACAGAAAGCAGAAUCUGUAAGACUUGAGAACUGUGAAAAGCUCUCCAAUCUCAUAGAAAUACAAAGGAGUCGCUAAUUUGCAGAGGUAUAAGUAGUGAGUGGUACUGACACAUUGUAUAUGGUAUUAGUAGGAAUUUCAAAUUUGCUCUGUUUUCCUUUUGCAACGAAUAGGAAAAGCAUAAUAUGGAAACUUUGAACAGUAUUUUCAUCAUGUAUGCAGAGCUGUAUGAAUCGAACCAUAGAGGCAACACUUGCUGUUACACGUAUGGUACAUUUGCCUCCAAGGCCUAGCAGUUUUUAAAUGUUAAUAAUUCCUUGGAGGUUUAAUUACAUUUGGCAACAGUCUUCAUUUGCUACUUUGCUGCCAUUCAAGUGCCAAGCACAUGCUUUCUAGGAACACAGCCAUCAUGCUCACUGUUCUUGCCAUGAACAUAGAGCCCAUUCAAUGUCAGAUCAGUAAAUUCUUGGCAUCUUUCAUUGUCAUUCCCUUAUUUAUCUGAAGCUCCUGUCUACUAGACUUGCACAUAAAGUUUAGAUAGAAGGAACAAGAUUUGCUUCAUUCUCCAUUUUUGUAUCUGUCGCUGGUCUGUUUCAGUAAAACUUGGAAACAUGAGUCCUCAAGGAUGUAUUAGUAUUAAUGUUACUGUUGUUGUUGUUGUUGUUGUUGUUGUAAUAGUCAAACUUUCAAAGCAUUGCACAGAGAUUAAAAGAUAGGACAGUCCUAGUCCACAUUUCAAAAGGCAAGAUACAGAAGGGAAAAGGAAGAGGAAACCAAGCAUUAGUGCAUUAGCUUUCUUUGGCUGACAGAUGGGGACAGGCUGGUUUUAUCCUAGCCAGGAAACCCAGGAAUGUAGCCCUUUUUUAUAGGUGUAUCCUUCUAGUUAUAUUUAAUGAACCAAGGAUCAAAUUUUGGCCAUUAGGACCACCUGGGGAAUGAAGGUUCACUGUAAUUUUUAGCAAGAAAUGCAUUCACUUACUUUCACUGGAUCGCUUCCGUCCUACCCUCUUUGUUUUACCUUAUCCUAAAUCCAGUAUGGUGAUUUAAUUAGAUGUUUGUAACAAAGUGCACCCUGAAACACCUCUACAGGUCACCAAAAUAGCACCUUACUAACAGAUGUGUUUAGCAUCUAUAAUUUCGGCCAGGAUGGUUUAUCCAUCAUCUUGUCCCCCACGUUAUCGCACAUUCCUCUGACCCCCGGUGUUUCAUUUUAACUGUACUUGCACAGCUACAAGUUAAAAUAAAUAUUCCUACAUAAUAUGUGCUUAGGAAUAUUCUUAGGGCAGAAUUCUAUGCAAGUUUAGGCAGAGAAAUGUCUGCGAAAUGCGUAAGAUUGUGUCCUUAAAUUACAUUUCAGAGAUGAUGGUUCUUUUAGAUAAUAUUUGACACUGGAUUUUAACCAAAGUGAUACAUCCCCUGCUUUAGUAAUAAGAGUUUACAGAAUACCAUGUUGCAAAUUGCAGGAAAAGAAGCAUCCUGAACUUUUAUAUAUAAAAUUGUGUAUUUUGUUAGUUGGUCCCACUUAGACUAUAGGAGAUCUAUAGCAGAUUGUAACAUAAAGACCUGUUUUAUCUUUUGUGAAACAGUGUAUUUAAAAUGUACUUCAGGUGUGCAUGAGAUCUGAAAAUGGACCUUUAUUUGUACUAUUUAUUUCACAUCAAACACCAGCUUAAUAUUCUUAUUUAUUUCCUUGUUUAUUUAUGUUGCUCAGUGAGAUUUAUUUUUCUGAAUGUAAAUAUACAGCAUUGGCAAUAUGGUAAUUAUAUCAUUGCAUUGAAUACUUAUUGUACAGUUCAUUUUUCAGAAACCAUUUAGGUGUGUAACAUUACACCAGAUGACUAGUAUUUAUCUAAAGUAAAGAAAAUAUGGAAAUAUCUUGGCUUAGGGUGAUUAGUGGAUUUAAAGUAAACAGUUCUCUAUUACUUUGGCCUCAGCUUUUUUCAGUGUGAGUAUAGCAGUAUUUCAAGACUGCACCCAUCAACUGAGAAACAAUGUUUUGUUUGUGUGUGUGGGUGGGUGGGGUUUUUUAACCAUAAAAUUAAGUGUAAUGCAUCCCUUAUCUUUGAAGAUGACAACUGUAGCUGUGGUGUAUGGAACUAAGAAAUGAAAUAAAAGAUAUGAAUAUUAAACCUU